UUUUUCCGUGUCUCAGAAUUCAAUUGUGUUUGCAAUCUUUCCCUCUGUGUCCAAUCAUAAUGGCUGAAAUCGCCUUCACCAUCCUCAGCCCUGUCAUUGAGGAGGCAGUUUCCAAAACAUUUUCAUUUCUUAAAAAACGAAUUGGACUUGCAGUGGGUUUGGAAAAGGAGCUUGAUAGGCUUGGCGAUUCUCUUAUUCUCAUUCAAUCUGUCAUCCAACACGCAGAGGAAAGGCAAGAGAGUGACCCAGCUAUAAGGCAUUGGCUACAGAAGCUGAAAGACGUAGCUUAUGAGGCAGUGGAUGCAUUGGGUGAGUGUGAGUACAAGGUUCUUAAGAACAAAGUCAAGAGUCGUAGGCACUGGAAUCCUGAGUCCGUCUACUUUUCUCCCUUGUUUCGUAAUCGUAUGGCUGACAAAAUCAACGACAUUACUAAGCAGUUGAAUGACUUGAAAGACUGGGCCAGCAUGAUUAACUUAGUGGUCUCAUUGAGAGGCCAAACCUGUCCAAGGCAACAUCAAAAGACAGAUUCUUUUCUUGAUAAUUCCACAGUAUUCGAAAGGGAAGCUGAUGUGUCAAGAAUUCUUACCUUGUUGCGUGACUUGAGAAGGAGUCAACAUCCCAUCUCUGGCAUUUCUAUUGUAGGUAUGGCUGGGAUUGGAAAGACGACAAUAGCAAAAUCAAUAUACAUGAAAACCAAGGAAGAAAAGCUCUAUGAUCUAGCGGCCUGGGUGUGUGUAUCCGAGGACUUCAAUGAUCAAAUCAUAUUGGGAGAGAUGUCAGAGCAUUUUGGUUGUAGUGCUGCUCCAAGGAACAGUAUUAAUGCAUUGCUUGAAGAUCUUACAAAAAAGUUAGAGAAUAAAACUUUUCUUCUCAUUCUUGAUGAUGUAUGGAAUGAAGAUCCUGACAAGGGGGAACACUUCAGCUCUUGUUUGUUAAAGAUUCUGAAAACUACUGGGAGCUCUAUUGUCAUAACAACUCGUAGUAGAAAGGUAGCAUCUGCGAUGGAGUCAUUUCCCAUGCAAAGCUAUGACAUGGAGAGGUUAUCAGAUGAUGUAUGCUGGUUGAUAAUAAAAGAGAAAUUUCUUCGAUCAUCCACAAAAACUCCAAUGACUCCUGAUUUGGAAGUUAUUGGACAUGAUAUAGCAAAAAAAUGUGGAGGUUUGCCAUUAGUUGCUAGUGUCAUUGGAGGAACAUUGAGCCGUCAAACUAGUGCAGAUGAAUGGAAGGAUAUCAGAGACGACAAAGCAUGGACUUUGAAUUCACGAGAUGGAGAUAAAAUUUUAUCUAUUUUGAAAAUAAGUUUCAAUCAUUUGACUUCUCCUUUGAAAAAGUGCUUUUCUUACUGUUCAAUUUUUCCAAAGGAUUUUGUGAUUGAAAAAGAUGAUUUAGUUCAACUUUGGAUGGCUCAGGGGUUUCUUUACCAACCUAAUGAAAGUUCUGCGACAAUGGAGGAUGUUGGUAAUGAUUACUUUAGUAGUUUGCUAUCUAACUCCUUAUUUCAAGAUGUGAGAAGGGGCGGAUAUGGGGAUAUUAUAUCUUGCAAGAUGCAUGAUGUUGUCCAUGAUUUAGCAUUGUCUGUUUCAAAAGUUGAUACUUUUGUCUGGGAGACUGGUUGCAAAAUUGACCAUGAUGCUAAAAUUCAACAUUUAAGAGUUAAGCAUGACAAGAACAAGCAUCCAAUCAUUCCAAGAGAUGUUGCUCAAAGAUUGCAUUCUUUGUUUUUGGAAGAGGUUGAUGUUUUCAUUUCGAAUGCAUCUGAUCUCAAAAGCUUGCGAGCUUUAAAAAUAGUGAGAGCUACGGGAGGACGGCUGCCCAUUAUUCUUGGCAAACUAAAGCAUUUGAAAUACCUUGACCUCUCGAGAAGCAGAAUAGUUGGACUACCGAAAUCCUUUUCCAAACUCUACAAAUUGCAGACUUUUAGACUUAUGGGGUGCUCUUCUCUGCACAUGUCUAAUGAGAUGAGAAAUUUGAUCAACUUAAGACAUUUUUAUUUUGACAACAAAGAGCGGAUGCCAAGAGAGAUGGGGCAUUUAACUUCCCUUCAAACCCUAUCAAUGUUUGUUGUGAAUGGGGCAAACUUGGACCAACUUGGAUGUCUAAGUCAACUUAGAGGAGCAUUGAAAAUAUGCAACCUUAAAUUUUCCAGAUCUAUGUUAGAAGCUGCUAAAGCAGACUUGGAAAAGAAGGCAAAAUUGUAUAGGUUGGAAUUUGAAUGGGGUAAAAACAAUGAAGGCUCCAACAAUUAUGAGGUUCUAGAAGGUAUUAGGCCUCCCUCAAAUUUGAAAAACUUAAAAAUUGAAGGUUAUAAUGGAGAAGAGUUUCCAUCAUGGCUGGAAAAGGGUGUAAACUUUUUUGGCGAUUCAUCUCCCCUGAACAAUUUGUUGACAUUGAAGUUAUAUAACUGCAAUGAAUGUGUAGAGAUUCUGAGCUUGGGAUUUAUACCUAAGCUUGAGGAUCUUGAAAUAGAAGGAAUGCCAAAGGUGAAACGUAUGGGCAGCAAGUUUUGCCUUAACAGAAGCAACAUGACAAGUAGUAGUUGUGGUGACAGAGAUUCAAUCACAUUGUUCCCAGCUUUGAAAAAACUCAAUAUAAGAGACAUGAACAUCCUAGAAGAAUGGGCAGAAAUAGAAAGCACCACCGUCUUUCCUUGCCUUGAGGACUUGUGUGUUGAAAAAUGUCUGAAGUUGAAGACCUGGUCAAUGGGUGGAUUUUCACCUCAUCAUAAGCUCUCAAAAGCAGUGAUUCGUUAUUGUCCGGAACUGGUGACUCUUCCAAGUAUAGAAGGGCUCUUCUCUCUUAGAAGUUUAACCUUAUUUGUAUUAGGAUCUUUACCAAGUGGGCUGGGCUCCUGCAGUUGUCUGGAGUAUUUGGACCUUGAAUGGUGCCAUAUGUCCGAUCUGAGCAUGAAGGGGAUGUUCUCUCUUGAAACAUUAAUAAUUGGUCACUGUGAAGAACUGAUCCAAAAUAUUGGAAGACCAAGUUCGCUUGCUAUUUUGAGGAUUAUUGGUCACAAAAAUCUAAGGAGAAUUCCAGAGGAAUGGCUGGGUAGGCAUACCCGGUUGAAGGAGUUAAUGAUCGGUCUUUUCUGGUCGGAGCUGGAGGAAUAUCCAGGACUCACUUCCAUCUAUCAACUCCACGCCUCCCUUGAAGUAUUGCUAUUGUAUGGAUGGGAUAAUCUAAAGUCUUUGCCACAUCAGCUUCAACAUCUCACUGCCCUCAAGUCAUUGCUGUUAUGUGACUUCAACAGCCUGGAAGCUUGGCCAGAGUGGUUAGAAAAUCUCACUUCAAUUUCCCAAAUUGAAGAUGUCACAAAUAGAGCGACCCCAAGAAUCCAUUUAUAGAUGUGGAUCACAUGCAAUCUGAAUAAUAAGAACGAACUGUCAGUAAUUGGUUGCAGCUGAGUCAGAAGACUCAGAAGAGAAUAACAUCUCUCAUCCAUGUGCUUGCCAUAUUAUGAGCUGGUGGAUGCCCUUUUUGAGACAGAGAUCGAUCAAAGAGACAAAACAAAGAAUUUGCAUAAACAUAUAUUUGCAGGAUAGGAGCUUCAAGAUUUAAUUUUUCAGGAAACAAAUACUGGGCAUGGCUGCCCAAAUUUUCCUUCUCAGCUUUCAUUACCAGUCCUAAAUUAUGCCCCACUAAAGUUCCAAAUUCCUUUUCCUUCAAGUCCAAUCGUAAUUAAGGGGACUUGAAUUGUACUCUUGCAGCAGUGAUGACAAUUGCAGGGAAGGUUCUAUUUUAUUCAAAGCAUCAACUGCAACAUUGUUUGUCAUCUUAACUGCAGGAAGUUGAAUGCAGAAGAGAAGAGCGAAGCAUCAUUUAUGCCAAACAAUCUGAGCUCUUGAAAAUUACCAACAACAUCUUUUAAGGAGUUCCUUGCAAAGUGAAGGCCACGAGCACUUAUCUACCAGUACAUGGCUAAGACUUAAAAUAGCAGUUGUCAGAUAGGAAUGUAUCUAAUUUUGAGCUGGGAAGAGUCUUCUAAUAACAAAGAACACUCUGCUUCAGAUUCAUACUUCGUAGAACCUGAAGCUGAUUUUCAUGGCCUUAUAUGCUGAUAAUUUAAAUGCUUUUAUUCUGCACCUGCAGCAAAGAGAAAUAGAAAAACUUCAUGAAAUCUGAAGUGGAGGGCUAUUGGAGUAUCUGCAUAAUGUAAUCAUAAGGAACUGUUUUCAUAGUUGCCGUGCAUCAAAGCCAUCAGCGAGUGUAAACUAAAGCAAUUCAUAUAACUAGCCUUAUUUUAUGGAAGGUUUGGUUUUGUUCUGCACUUGUUGCAAACAGAAUUAAACAACAAAACAACAUCAAAUCCUUUGAUUAUUUUGGAAAGGGGCUCUGAGAUAUUGGCACAAUUCGAUUUGGAAGGAAGUCUAAAUCUCCAUGGUCCAUUUCUGGUUUCCAAAGUGGAUCUACUUUGGCAAAUAGUUCAAGGAAUUUGUCUACUUUCAUUAUAUAAAUAUAUAUAUAUAUAUUUUUCUCUCUUCUUGAUUAUGAUUCUUACAGUUUGGGCAAUGAACAUCAAAUCCUUUG